GGGCGGUACUUCAUCCAUUGCAAAUUCGCACCGGAAGUGGGAAACUACAGCAGAGACAACCAAAACAGGAGGCGCGACUUCAGGAAGGGAGACAUUAUUCAAAGUGAGAAAGUGAUGUCAGGACCGAUGGGAGACAGUCAUCGGAGGUUUCUGCAGGCCAUGAUGGGCAGAGGGAUAGUUGAUGAACAAGAAGCCUCGAAGCUCCAUCAACACUGCUGUGGGGCACAAAACAAACAGUGCACCCCCGACCAGCUGAAAGACUUCAUUGAUGCCAUCAACUCACAGCUGCAGCCGUUGUUCAUGGAGAUCAGAAAAGGGAAGUCUGAAGACACUGGGCAACAAUUUUACGCCUUGGUAAACAUGGCCAUGACUGAUGUCACCAGGCUGUCUUCAGAUUACGCCGACAACGAGCUGGAGCUGUUUGUAAAAACGAUGAACCUGAUUGUCAGCUCUGAAAACGGCAAGGCGUCCUCCACUGACAUCCUGAACAGUACCGACACCCUGACCACCAAAAAGCUGAAGAAGAGCGAGACGGAGCAUCUCCUGAACCGACUCGUGCAGGACAAGUGGCUCAACGAGAAAAGGGGAGACUACACUCUGUCCACCAGAUGUGUCAUCGAGAUGGAGCCCUACAUCCGCACCAUGUAUCAGGACCAGGUCAAGGUGUGCCACAUGUGUCACGACAUCGCCAUCCAGUGUCAGAUCUGUGAGAAUCCUACAUGUGGAAUAAAAAUACACAACCCGUGUGUGGCCAAAUACUUUGAGGGCCGAGCCGAGCCUCAGUGUCCCGCCUGUGGUGAGUUUUGGCCACAUGAAAUCCCAGAAAUCGGACGACCCCGCUCUCGGUCCAGAAGAUGAAGAAAGGUUUUCUUCAUGUGCACAUUUUUUAGUAUAUUUGAGCAAAACUUUAUUAUAACCUGAAGUGUUGAUGUAUAAAUUGUUUUAACAUUAUUUUUUAACAAAUAAAGAAUAUAAACUCACUGAA